ACAGAAAUGAAAAGUACACCUGCAUAACCUGGUUAUAAUGGAAAAUGGGAUAGAAUAUUCAGAUAUUUCACAGAAAAAUGAGAUUAAUCGAAUUGUAGAAUCUUCUGAGAAUAAUAUGGACUCUAGUUCAUCAUCAAAUAUCCCGAAUCCUAAUGGAUGUAAUGGAACAAGUUUUGAGUGUAAUAUUUGUUUUGAAACUGCUCAUGAACCAAUAGUAACUAGGUGUGGACAUUUGUAUUGUUGGAGUUGUAUGUGCUUAUGGCUUGAAAAGGGCUAUGAAGAUUGCCCUGUUUGCAAAGCAGGAGUAACACAGGAAAAUGUGAUACCCCUAUAUGGUAGGGGCUGUGGUAAUGAUGACCCUAGGAAAAAAACAAAACCAAGACCAAGAGCAGAAAGACCAGAAGCUAGACAACGUCAUUCAACAGGACAUAAUAGCAGUUUUAGAGAAUUUCAAAGUUCUACAAUUUCCUUCAGUACUCUAAAUUUCCCUAUGUUAGCUAUUUUAGCUAAUCCUCUUGGAGCUAUAUUAAGUUUGGGAGCUGCACAAAGAUUGAUAUUUGGUGACUAUCAAAAUGGCACAAAUAGUUCAAAUAAUUUGUCAAACGAAGAAUAUAGAGCCCAACUUGUCUCAAAUAUUGCCCUAUUUCUAGGUAUUAUUAUGAUGUUGUAUAUAUUAUUUCUAGAGUAGUUAUAUAGAAACUAGAAUCAUAUAAGGGCUUAGAUUACAAUAAAAACUUUUUAUUUAU